UCGCUGUCAAGAUCGUAUUUCUGAUCUGGCAUCUCUGAUCCGUUCAUUCUCAAGACUUCCAUCUGAGGGGGCUCAUGCAUCAGGAGCAGGAGAGAGCGAUGGUACGAAGAUGGGUGCCUAAUAGAUCACCGAACAAUCCUCAAUGGCUCAACCGCUUUCCUCGACUGACCCUCUUCCUGACCUGCCAAGGGUACUCAUCCUCGAUGCCGACGACUCUUACACUCGGAACAUUCUCGACCUCAUCCUUGGAAUCUACCCGACUGGCUCCCCUCAAGCUGCCCUGCUCGAAUCAAGGGUCCUCAUCCUUCGUGCUAACAGGUUUGACUGGUCCACCCUCUCAACUCAAAUCAUCCCCCACUUUGCCGCCAUCAUCCUCGGACCCGGCCCCGGCCGGCCAUCAUCGGCCAGCAAACCCGGCGCAACCCUCGAACACCCCGCUAGCAUCUUCACUAGGCUCUUCUCUCCCCUUCCGCUCAUUGGGAACCACCAUCUGCCAACCUUCGGGCUCUGUCUUGGUCACCAGGCCCUCGGCUUCGCCUAUGGCGCUGCCGUCCAUCCCGCACCCAAGGUCCUCCAUGGUCAGCUCUCCAAGCUCCAGCUCGAACUCGGCCCUCUCGGUAGACCCUUAGGCGUCCUCAACCGUCUCCAGCAGGACACAUCCGUAGUCCGUUAUAACAGUCUUACCGUCGAUCCUAGCUCCAUCUCCGAUCAGGUCGAAAUCACCGCUUGGGCUCAGGAUGACCCUUCAUCAAGAACUGUCAUGGGACUGGCUCAUAAAACCUUACCAUUCCACAGCGUUCAAUUUCAUCCAGAGUCGGUUUGUUCGACAGACGGAUCCCAAAUACUUCGAUCAUUCUUUCAAGUCGUUUCGGAUUCUGCGCACGUUAACUCGGAGACUGGGAUCGGCAGGUCGAAGGCCUACAGCAACUUACCGGAUGAGAUUCUAGAGCUCAGUGAGCUCAGACGGGGCGUAGAACGAGGGAUCUCAUCCAGCGGGACGAAGUUCCAAUUACGAUCAAUCGUCUUCAAGAAUAGUGAUCUCAGUCCAGAAGAUGUCUUCAAAAAUUCAAUCAAAGCUCGUAGCCCCUUAGGCCACGUGUGGCUUGACUCUGCCGACAGUCUGGCAGCAUCACAACCUGUUCGUCAGGAAUGUUGCUCUCACAUGGGCUCGGUGGACUUCUUGGUAUCCUACUUUGCCGCUCGCAAGAGCCUGUCGAUCCGAGCAGCCUCCGCGCAGCAGGGCUCCGAACAGCCCUUGGGCGAUUCGAACACCUUCUGGGACUGGCUACGGAACGUCCAGGACGAGCUGCAGGCCUGCACUGAAAUAUCUUCUCCCACUGACCCAGCCUUAAACGGAACUGAACAGGCUAACGGCCACUCUAACGAGAAAACCAUCGCAGCUCCCGUCGGAUUCAUGGGCUACAUUGGCUACGAGCUCCUCUCUGAAUCCCUAGCCCAUUAUAAUCUUCCCUGUCGAGCCUCAGCCGACGUGCCUGAUGCUGAACUUGGCUUUUGUAAUACCGCCUUGAGCUAUCAUCAUGCCUCUUCAACCUGGACCGCCUCCGCACUCGUAGUCUCGCACAACCGGACAGAGAACAACUCUUCGAAUCCAGACUUCCAUCAACGUUUCCCGCUCUCGGUCGGCCUGUCUCAGGCUGAAUAUGAAGAUUGGACCAGAACGAUGCGAGAGAUCUUUUAUGGACCAAAACAGAAGAAUCAUCAAGUAGUAGAAUUGCCCGAGCAGCAGCAGCACCAGCAGUCAAAUUCAUCCAAGCCAACGAUGACCAAUCGAGCACUCGAGUCGAUCGUGAGUGAGAAAGACUACCUAGAGGCGAUCACCAAGGCGCAGGCGCAGAUCAUCUCAGGAGAGUCGUACGAGCUGUGUCUGACAACCCAGUUCCGGGGUGAGCUAGCACAAGCGGAAGAGGAUGAGGGACAUUUUAAACGGUACGAGGGGCUGCGACGGGCGAACCCGGCUCCAUACGGGGCGUACCUGCGAUUCAGGACGUACGACACGACGAUCCUGAGUUCCUCGCCGGAGCGGUUCUUGCGAGUAGAUGGAGCGGGCGGAGUAGAGAUGAAGCCGAUCAAGGGGACUGCUCGAAGGGUGCUGGGGGACGUCAAGGCGGACCAAGCGGCAGGUCAGACCCUUCAGAGCGACCCCAAGGAACGUGCCGAGAACCUCAUGAUCACCGAUUUGAUCCGCCACGACCUACUGGGCUUCUGUGUCCCAGGCUCGGUUCGUGUUGCCCGGCUCUUCGGCCUCGAAUCCGUCGCCACCGUGCACAGUCUCGUCUCCACCGUCCAGGGCUCACUCCGUCCUCAUCUGAACCCCGUCGAUGCUCUUGCCGCCGCUUUCCCCCCGGGCUCGAUGACCGGCGCACCUAAACUCUCGAGUAUCGAAAUCCUAGACCGUCUCGAACUUCAUCACCCUCGAGGCCCUUACUCUGGUAUCCUUGGCUUCAUCGCCAUCGAUGGAAGAUCAGAUAUGAGCGUCGUCAUUCGCACCGCCAUUAUCAGAAACAAUCAUAUCACCGUAGGCGCUGGUGGAGCUAUCACCAGUCUUUCAAAGAAAGAAAAUGAAUGGAAUGAGGUCAGACUCAAAGUUGAUGCCGUCCAGAGAUCUCUGAAACUCUCUCCCUCUUCCUCUGCUUGAUCACUUUUUUUUCUCAUCUCUCUUUCUCUCUCUCAAACGUGCAUCAAGAAUUGGUACAGGGGAACACACAUAAACACAUACUUUUUUUGGCUCUUUGGGUUUGUUUUCAGAAAAAAACUUGCUUUGUUAUAUUCUGUUCCAUCUUUAUAAUUGAUUAAUUUCAUCUUACUGCUAACUUAUAUUGUUCACUUUUGUUUAUUUAUUUUAUCAUUUGGAUCUUAUCUCUCUCUUUAUCUUAAUCACCAACUCCUAAAGUCACCAGAAAAAAAAAGCCAUGCUACAUUAUUAAUUUCUCUUUCCUCUCCUAGUUUCUCAAGUCUUGCAUAAGAUGCAUUCCAACAAUCCCUCUCCUUACAUCCCCCAAUCAUCUCCUUCUGCUGCCCCUUUUCUCACCCACAUCCCAACCAUACACUCAUUUUUUUUCUUAUGCACGUUUGAUCUAUUUAUAUACCCAUGCUUGUUUUCAGUAAUCCUUUGUGCCCUUGUUGGAUUUUCUUUUUUUUUUCACUGGUCUGUUUUUUUUUGGGGGGGGGGGCAGAGGAGUGGUGAUGGGAAAUGCAUUUCUCCACAAUCAAUGGAUGCAUG